AUGUCUAGUAGGGAGUGUAAGAGAUGCCCAGUGGUAGUUUGUGGUAGGGAGCUAUUUGCAGACUUGUUGGUGAUUGACACUAACGGGUUCGAUGUUAUUUUGGGGAUGGAUUGGCUAUAUAACUUCCAUGCGACGAUCGACUGCCAACGCAGAAGCGUAGUGUUCAAGAAACCAGGCCACCCAGAGUUUGAAUUCAUGAGUGGAAGCAAAGUGAUGGAGCAGCCCGAGUAUCGAGCAGGCAUGGAUGGAGUAUUAACCUGUAUAGAGGUAGAGGAGAAGCCCAUACCAGAAAUUGUCGAGGAAUUCCUUAACGUUUUUCCUGAUGAGUUGCCGGGUCUGCCACCAGAUCGAGAUAUACAGUUCGUCAUCGAUCUUAUUCCAGGAGUUGCACCUAUUUCAAAACCACCUUACCGAAAGCCGGUAGUAGAUUUGGAGGAGUUGCGGAAGCAAGUCCAGGAGUAUCUUGAUAAGAAAUUGAUCAGGCUUAGUACUUAA